UUGAGACACUGCAACAGCAUGAAACCGAUUUACAUUCCGUUGUUCUGUUGGUCACACUCCUUCUGGACAGUGUUGUUAGUGUGUGUGUGUUACAUGGGUCGGCGAACAAGUCGGUGAAAAUCAAUUAGGAUUUGUUUCAUUAUGAUCACAUAAAACACGUUUCGUAGUUCAUUGGUUGGCUUAUAUAGUACAGAAUCAUUUUAAUAAUGGAAGGAAUUGGAGGAGAAAUUAGUUCAAAAAUUCGAGCUGCCAUAAAAUCGAAGCUAAUGGAAAUGGGAGCGUACGUAGAUGAAGAGCUACCAGAUUAUGUUAUGGUGAUGGUGGCAAACAAGCGCAGCAAGUCUCAGAUGGCCGACGACUUGCAGCUUUUCCUAGGAAAAAGUACUGAACAGUUCACAAACUGGCUACAGCAAGUACUGAGCAGGCUACAGGAGGUAGCGGCAGUAAACAGUAAAACGUUAACAGAUACUAAGAAAGUUCAGAGUCGGAUUUCAUUAGACGAGGCUGCCCACAAGGUGAAGUCUGCCUCUAAGCUCAAAUGUGAACAGGUGACCAAGCCCAAACCGGAGCACCCUCAAGACAGAGCCGGCAGCCACCGCUCCGAGAAGAAGCACACUGGAGUUGCAGUCAGUGGUGGUGGUGGCGGCAGCGGCACCAAAAAAGACCGCAGAAAUGGCAGUAGUGGCAGUGGGGCCGCCACAGAGAAGAGCAAGAGGAUGGCUGACGGCAAGGCACCUGAACCGGCCUCAGCGAAAACAAAGAUUGUUCUGAUGAACAGUGACGAUGAUGAGGAAGACUUCAUUAACAUCAAAGCUGAUGCAGAAGCAGCACAUAGUACGAGCGGUGCGCGGAAGGUCCGGCCGACAGUGCGCCGGGUUGUGACUGCGCCGGCCUCGGUUGUCGCCAUGGCGACAAAGAGGUCUGCGGGCGAAGAGGACGGCAGAGGCCCGGCAAAGAGGGCCGCCGUAUGCGUCGGCGAGGAGGCUGUGUCGAAGAGGAGCCUGGCCAGCACCGUGGGGGUUACCGACAGGCUAGGAGUGCGGCCGAGUGGAGGCCCGAGUAUAAAGGACAGGCUGGGUACGAGAGGUCCAGUAGCCGUCACUGCUGCCGCAUCGGCGUCUGCUGAGCCGGUGAGCAGGCCGGGCGCAAGGAAUCCCACAGCAGCAGCCGGAGAGCCCCGUCCCGGCGGCGGAAAGGUGACGGACAGGUUGGGACCGAGGCCCUCCGGCAGCGGGACUGCCAGUGCCCCAGAAGGGUCAGGCGCGAAGUCCAGCGCCACUGCGGAGAGCAGCGGACUGCCGACCAGACUGAGGGUCGCAGACAGGCUGGGUACGAGGAGGGGCGACGCGGCAAGGGAGGCCGGCACGUCCAGGAAGAGAGCGGCAGAGGGAGGCAGAGACACUCUGCCCGAGGUGGCGGCAAAAAGACCGGCGGUGGAGGGUCCGGGCAGCCGGCUGGCACGGCGGCUGCGCGAGUUGGCCGAGGGUCCCGGCGGCGGCAGUGCGAGGGUGGCCCACGUGCCUCCCAACAACAUCCGGCAGGGUGGAUCCGGCACCGGCACCGGCACCGGCCACGCGGACUGCAGGCCGUCAGUAAACUCGCAAGUGGUCCCGACGGGAGCUCGCGAAUCGGUGGCGGAGAACCGCGACGUGGAGGGCGAGGUGGUGCCCGCGGUAGCACUGCCGUCAGUGGUUCGCGUCACACCGCGACCGCGGCUGCCCGCCUCCAUGCAGGCGAACAAGAACCUCCUGCUCAAGGCAGUCGCAGAGGCCCAGCGCAGUGUCGCUGCGGCAGCAGCUUCGGUCGUCGCGUCUGCCUCUGGCACUGUCCCGUCCGCCGUCUCGACAGUGGCUGCACGGCACAGGGUAGAGGGGCGGCGAGUUGCAGUCCGACACAGAGUGGGAUCUCACCAGGAAGAGGAGGAAGACGAGCUAGAACAGGAGGGAGAGGAUAACUACAGGGACGAGGCAUUCCAGAAUCCAGAGGGCAUAUUCACUCGAGCCUUCUUAAACAGGGAGAACUUUGCUGUAACGGUAUCAAAUGAAUCAGGAGCUGUGGGAGACUCGGAGGUGGACGAGCAGUUCGACGACGGGCGACGGCGCGACUGCACGCUGCACGAGCUACGCGGAGCCGGGAGGCGGAGGCCGGUAGUGACCACUGCCGGCAAAUCCGCGAAGGCCUUCAUGCCCGCUGACACGCCACAGCAAAUAACCAUCCAGCUGUCUCCCGAGGGCAGUCGCGACGGUGACUCCUCUUCGGAGCGCGAAGACGAAGAGGUGGCCGAAAUACCGCCACACUCUGCAGCGGGGAAGGACGACACGGGAAGCUACGACGGGCAGCCGGUGUACGAGGAUGAGGACGAGGAGGAAGAGGGGGGGCCUGUGGCGACAGUCGCAGCCGUCAGACCGACAGUCGUCACGACAGUGCCCCACAUGGACGUGGAGCCUGUUGCACGUCCAAAUCCGCAGUUUGUUGUUACAUUGGACGGAUUGGACGUCUCCAUGUUUCCGAAUGCCGGUACAGACGAUGACGAGGGGCCGGCAGAUCCAGGGUGUCCUGUCGACCGAGACGUCUCGAAAGUGGACUCUGGCAGCAGUAGCGUGGGACGUUCUGUGGGCACACCAUCCACUGGCCGGGCGACCAUUGUACAGAGGGUGGAACCGCGUCUCCGGCUAGGACCGAUGCCGUCGAACCACCACCCUCAGCAGCAGCAACUGCAGCGCGGAGGUGGGGAGCUAUCGUCAAUAGGUUCGAGUUCUGGCUCCGGUAUCGCUCCUGCUAAAACUACGGAGCGAUGUAAGUACUGGCCCGCGUGUCGGAUGGGUGGAAAGUGUGCCUUCCAUCACCCGACUCAGACAUGCAGGGUAUUUCCAGCAUGCAAGUUUGGUGAGAAGUGCCUCUACAUCCACCCCAAUUGCAAGUUUGACGCGGCGUGCACACGGAGGGACUGCCCCUACACCCACUCGAGCCCGCGGCUGAGUGCGGCUGCUGCUACGAGAGGUUCUGCGCAGUCCAGCAGCGGCACAGCGGUCUGCCGCUUCUUCCCCGGUUGCACCAACGCGGCCUGCCGCUUUCUGCAUCCCAAGGCUUGCAAGUACGGACGGUAUUGUGUCAAACCGGGAUGCACUUUCCAGCACGACGGAGUCCCUACAACAGACAAACUGAAGUGGGUCUGCCCUUUCCGGGCAUAAAUACAACCCUACCAUAUAUCUUCAGAUUUGCUUCCUUCAGCUCUAGCCACUUGUCACUGCUUAGGAAUGUGAGUGCUUUCAGCUCAUGUUCAUUUAUAAAUACCCGUUGAACUAUAAAUUCAAUUCUAUGAAAUAAUCUCAUCCUCUCUCAUUAAUUAAUUAAUUUAUUUAAUGAUAGUUGCUCAUGUCUUUUGUGUGUGUGUGCGUGCGUGCGCGCGCGCGCACGGAAGUGUUUUUCUUAUGUAAUAAACAGAUAGAUAGAGGUAUGUUAUGUGGUUUACACUAUGUCAAGUAAAAGGAAAUAAUUCCUAAUCACUGUAUGAAUUCGUUUUAAUAGAGUAAAAUACUGUAACGUGGUUACAGCUGUAGAAUUACUCCUCAGUAAGUGAGCAGAAAUGUAUUCCAUGUACACUACAUUGUUAUUAUUGAUAAUGUAUAAUUUAUUAUUAGUGUAUGAACAAUUUGAUUUCUUCCACCGAACAAGAAUAAACCACAAUAGAAAUGACCACAAUAAAAUACU